AUGGAAUCAUCGUCUCAAACAAAGUUGGGUUCAGAUGCAACACAGGCCGUCAACACAACAUCGUCUGCCGUAGACGUAAUGAAUGCAAGAGACGCACUUCACCAUGGAGAGAAUGAAGAGAAAGCACACGAGCAGGUGGAUAUACCAAAACACCACGAAGAAGAAAAAGAAAAAGAAGCAGAGAAGGAAGAAGAAGAAGACCAGGAGGAUUCUUCUUCUUCUUCUUCCUCUCCAUGUGAAGAGGAUGAGGAUAAUGAUGAUAAUACGGAUACGGAAGAUGAGGAUUCAGCUCCAUUCGCUAGUGAUGAAGAGGCGCUGGCCACACGGGCCAUUGGUCUCAAACACUAUAAUGAACACCACUAUGAAGAUGCACUUGAUAUUCAAUACCGUGUGCUGCGGCACUUUGAAAAGAAGUAUGGAGCCACAUCUCCCAUCUGUGGACCGUACUUUCUCGAUUACGGCCUUUCUCAAUUACGUCUUCUGCAAACACGAAGUUCUGUAGAGGCUGCAUUAGAGCCAUUGGAUCAAGAGGCCUUAAAGACGUGUUUUAUUAACUUGGAUGUGGCCCGUGUGUGCUUUCAAAAACAGGAGGAACAACGUGGAGAGGAGGAUAUAGAGACUCAGCUUUCCCUCGCAGAGGUGCAUAACGCGAUUGCACAACUGCAUGUUGAGCGAGAGGACUUUGAUAGUGCCCUCAAAGAGUAUGAAAGUGAACUCCUGACAUAUCGUUUCAUUCAACAGGAGAAACCAGAAAUGGUUCCACAUGGAAGACUCGCGGCUGUUCUCUACGGAAUGGCGGAUUGCUAUAUGAAGGAGGGAGACUUUGAAGAGGCGGAGUCUCGCUUUACAAACGCCAUUGCGGAGAUUGAGGGAUUUCCACCCGGUACGAUUGCAGAUGAACUCAUCGCGGAGUUGCGGGAAUUGAGAGAUGAUGCCGCCGCGAUGAAAGGCGGAAAGUACCGGGAAUUGCAGGAAUGUAUACAAGCGCAGUUCGCCGCGAAGGAGGCGGAGAUGUUGCCAACCGCACAGGAGUUCUACGGUGCUGGAGUAGCCACAGAAGAACAAGAAGAAGAAGAAAAAGGAGAGGAAGAAAGAAAAGAAAAACAACCAUCGCAGUCACUACAACAUCCAUAUCUUUCUCAUUUACCAGGGGAUUCCGAGUACUCGGCCCUCUCCAUGCCGCAGUCCCUCACAAAUCCGGUUCGGUGGAAUGAACACAGCAACAGUAUGUCCCUCUCGCUGUUCCCUCCGCAGGUCGCCGGCCGCAGUCCAGAGGCAUCCAACAGUCAGCCAGUCCAUCACGUGGUGGCCAGGCGGAAGCCAAAACCACAACCGCAAUCACAACAACAACAGACAUCACAACAACAACAACAACAACAACAACAACUGCGGGGUAAUGAUGGGAACAGUUUGGGUGAGUCCGAGACCAAGCGUCUACGGACCGAGUCUUGUAGUUAA